AUGGCAUUAACUGUGUUUUUAUUCAAAGUUUCUCAUCUUAAUUUAUCGAAAAAUUCCUCUCAAAUCAGUCUUAACACAAAUGAUAGUGAAUCAGUAAUGGACGCACCAACAGUGCGACUGAUUGUUGAUGAAAAUACGACACUACUUAGUGCGAAAACGACCUUUCGAGGUAUCAGUCUUUGGUCGAACAAUGUUCCGGUGUUCAAAGAUGAAGCAAGUUUUCUGGCGCGUGGUCAACAACCGAAGAAAUUCAAUUUUAAUCUAGCGGAAGCGUUAUCGUCAGCGGAUAAAAUUCGCAUGGAGUUCUAUACACAUACAAAUCGAAAAAAACGCAAAAAACUAGUGGCAAUUUUUGAAAUGGUUUUAGAAUCUCUGAAGGAUUUACAAUUUGUUCAUCUUGUCGAUGAGAAUCUAUUCGAUCCACACAAUUAUCUAAUGACAACGACUGCCGAAUUGAAAUUGUACUAUACGCCGCCGGAUAUCGAGCAAAUUAACACAACAUUAGGUGCCGCUGAUGCUGAUAAGCAGCUAACUGAUUGGAAAAAUGUAUUUGAUGAACAGGGAAGACACGGUGGACAUCGAUAUCGACAUAUUCAUUCGAAAAAAGAUCCAACAAUUCGAAGACUUCGUAAGAAGUUUGUUGGUCGUACUGACGAUGCCGACACCGAUUCAGGUAGUGAUGAAGAUUUCAAUAUCAAUAACGAGUUGAAAGCCGAUGAACCAGGCGAAGAAGAAAGAAAACAGAAAGUUCAACACGGAAACAUCGAAUUACUACAAAAAAGUUUGGGUCGAUAUGAAGGUGAUCCAUAUGAAAUCAACGAAUGGCAAAUUAUGGUUCAUGUUAUUCAGGGACGAGAAUUUCCUGGAUUGGAAUUGAAUCCGUAUGUUUGCGUUCAAAUUGAUGAUCAAAAACGUUACACAAAUAUUCAUCAAUCGUCGAAUUCGCCAUACUUCGGAGAAUUUUUCACCUUUGAUUUCGCGCUGCCGGCUAUGCAAGUGAUGCAGAAAGUGAUUUUUUUCAAAGUUCAUCAUUCGAGAAAGAUUAUCAGUACGUUUACAGACACAAAACCAAUCGCCGUAUUUCGAUUGGAUAUCGGCACUAUUUACAAUGAAAAAGAACAUUCGUUCGAACGAAAAUGGGCGCAAUUGAUCAAUCCGGAAAAUAUCGAAGCUUAUUGCGGCCAUUUACUUCUUUCCAUUACCGUCACCGAACGCGGCGCUCCAUCAGCGAAUUUGCUGAAUCAACUGGACGAAGACGAUGAUGAAUACAAACCAUCAAAAGCAUUGGUUCCUGCCGCUAUGCCACAUCCGUUAUUUCCCGUUCAACUCAAAAUCACAUUUUACACCGCUUCGGAACUGCCAGAAAUGAUGACGGAAUUUCUGACAUCAGUCUCGAAAAAAAUCCUGCAACCCGACGGUUGGGAACCUGUCGAUCCCUAUGUCGAAAUCAAUUAUAACACAAUGCGAGCUGUGACAAGUCAUAUCAAUGGUACCACACCAGUUUGGGGUGAAGCAUUUUAUUUAAUCGGACGUUUUCCUCCGUUGAUCCGAACGAUUAAAAUCGCAUUGAAAGAUCACGCGGCUGUACAACGUGAUCGAAUUAUUUCGUCAACGUUCAUCGAUCUCUUCUCCAUCAGUGAAACAAGUUCGUCCGCAGGCUUUUUACCAACAUUCGGUCCGACAUGGAUGUUCUUGUACGGAAGUCCUCGUGAAUACACGAUAAAUAAAGAACAGGAUGGUCUUAGCGAAGGAAUGGGCGAAGCUGUUUGUUACAAAGGACGUUUAUUAAUGGAAAUCGAAUGUCAUCCAGUCAGUGGAGAAAACACAUCAAAUAUGACUAUACAAAAAGAAACUGGAAUUCAACUACCUGAAGCAAAUUUAUUUCCAAUGAAACGAACAUUUCUUUUAUUUGGUUGUAUUUAUGAAGCGACAAUGAUUGAUAAAGCAUAUGGAAACACCUCAAUUUGUUUCGAAUUGAGUAUUGGUUCAAGUGGAUAUCUGAAUCCUCAGCAAAUGAUUGAAGCAACACGUGUUCCUGUCACAUCGUUAACGCGAUCAUAUCCAUCUGUUCCAGUUGACAACAAUAAGCAAUACUUCCGUUUACCGAUUGACUUACAAAAGCCGAUCUUCUUUACGAAAUAUACAUUUCACGAUUAUGUCUUUCGAAUGACAUUGUCCAAUCGUUUUAAAAAUGCCGCUGAACAUAUCCAAAAACAAAUUCGUAAUUUCGAAUCUAAAAUCGAUUCGCAAGUUUCCGCUGAAGCUCUCAUGGAAGAAUAUCAGAAAAUUCACGAUUAUAUCCAUGCAUUGCCAUGUGGAUGUGCUGAACGUAUAUCCGCUGAAGCUUCCUAUGGUAUCGCUCCUGUAGUUCACCCGAGUUUAUCUGAAGUCUUAGAUUCGGUUCCAACAUCGAAAAUGAACGCCUUGGACGAAAAGCGGCGAACGAAACUCAUAUUUAAUUUGAACUCUAUCAAAGCUUGGAUUUCGAAGAAGCGCGAUUACGACGAAUCGAAACGGUAUGAUAUCGUCAAAGAUUUGAAUCAAAUUGCUCGAGCAUUCCGAUUGAUGGCCGUUGAUGCACAAGCUGCAUUACCAGAUGUAUUUCUAUGGAUGAUAAGUGAUUCGAAACGAGUGGCGUAUGUAAGAAUUCCAGCUGAAGAUCUUCUAUUCAAUUUAUGUGAAGGUGACAAAGGUUUUCACAAUGGUCGAGUUCAAACAUUCUUUCUCAAAACACCACGCUCAACGGAUAAACCAUUGAAUACUUCGGCGAAUGCCAAAGUACAAAUGUUUUUAUGGCUGGGUAUCGAAGAGUACGAACCUUACUUAUACAGACAAUUACCGACUGGAUUCGAUAUGCCAGUAUUACCAUUACAAGCAUCAACAAAAACUCUUCGCUAUGGCGAACGACAUUUCUACGAAGUACGAUGUCAUUGUUUGAAAGCACGAGCGUUGAUUGCUUCGGAUGAUACGGGUUUGUCUGAUCCUUUUCUAAGUAUCACUGUUGGCACUGCAACACAAAACACACCGAUUCUUCUCCAAUCUUUAUGUCCACAAUGGAACGUGACAUUAGCCUUUCCGAAUUUAGUUCACGUAGGUGACCGACAAUCCGCCGAACAAAUCAUUGGAAACAUUGUUGUCGAAUGUUACGAUUAUGACGAACAAGGUCUUCAGGACACUGAUGGACCCGAUCUAAUUGGACGUUUUUCCACAACAGCUAAACUUAAUCUGUACAAGAAAGAUGAUCCGGAUCAGGAAUAUCCAUUUCAAUGGUUCGAAUUCAAGAUGGGCGAUAAACGAGCUGGUGAACUUCUUGCAGCAUUUGAACUGAUCGAAAUGAACCCAGAAAAUCAAGACCCUGAUUCGACAUACGAAUUAAUAGAAUAUUCAAUAACACCGGAAAAUUUUCCUCCGACAACUUUCGUCACGAAAAAUAUCAAGAAACAUCCACUCUAUCGAAUUCCACAUCAACUCAUGCCACCGAUGAAACCUUAUGAAAUCGAAAUUAUGUUUUGGGGUCUACGAGAGUGUCGAUCNUUUCCUCCGACAACUUUCGUCACGAAAAAUAUCAAGAAACAUCCACUCUAUCGAAUUCCACAUCAACUCAUGCCACCGAUGAAACCUUAUGAAAUCGAAAUUAUGUUUUGGGGUCUACGAGAGUGUCGAUCAAUUGGCCUUCAAUCGAUCCAACAAGCUGAAGUGACGAUCGAAUGUGCAGGUGAACGAACAAUGAGAACGAUCAAAGAUGUGCAAAAAUAUCCGAAUUUUUCGGUCUCAACCGGUCAACCGGAUAUCUAUAUCCUUCGUGUUAAUUUACCGGACGAUAAUAAAUUCUGGCCACAUUUAAGCAUUCUUUGUGUGCAAAAUCGGCUCUUUGGAAUGAAAGAAAUCGUCGGAAAUUUAGUUGUAACUGAUUUACAAAAGUUUCUCGAUCGACCAUUUAAACAACUUUCACCAACUGAAGAAGCGUUGGCUAAUGCGAUUAACGAAAUGUCGAAAACAAUGCCCUAUGACUUCAAUCGCGUCCGAAAGUCGAUUGUUGAUGCCUACGAAGCCGCCUUAGCGUCGAAAAACAAAGAUAUUGGUAAGGAAAAACUAAGUAAAUUCGAGAAGGAAGCUGGCAAAGGAACCAAUGACCGUGAAAGUCAACGUGCGAUUAUUGAAGAUGAUGCAUUAUCUCAAACAAAAGAGGACGAUGAUGAAAACCAGGAGUCCGGAGGUAGAAAGUCCAACGACCUACAGGAGAUGACAAGUGCUGACGAAUUAUCACCGAGUGAUGAACUGGAUAAUCGGGCUUUAAAAACCGUUGAGAAGAUCAAACGAGACGAAAUGGAAAAGAACGCCGGAUGGUGGAACAAAUACUACGCAUCGAAAGCCAGACUUAGAUUGCAACAACGAGCAAAUGCCGAACUUUUCGAAGAGCCGGCAGACACCGCCAUUGCUUAUGCGGAUUUUUACGAUGGACGACAAAAACGUCCGACCAAUCGAACGUUAGCUUUAUGGAUGUCAGUGAAGAAAAUCUUUUCACAAGGUGGAAAAGCACAGAAAACGUUCAAUCGUCUCAAAGCUGCACAAUACGAUCAAUCCGAAAACGAUAAAAAAAAAAAAACAGCGUUCGAUGAAAGUUUGGACAGUAUCGAAACUGAUCGAUUGAAACAAUUAACAUUGCUGCAAACAUUCGAUAUCGUCGAAACAUCAUUGGAAAAUGUGUUCGAUUAUGAAGGAUUCAACGACUGUUUAGACACUUUUGCUUUAUACAAAGGAAAAGGUUCGAAUCGUUCCGACGAAACCGGUGAUGACAAACGAAUCUAUGCGAAAUUCAAGGGAAAACUUCGUAUUCGAGAAUUAUCCUCUCCUACCACCAUUGGACUACAGCGAACAAGUAUGGAUCCUCGUACAUCAGUGUACCCAGUUGCUGUUACUAAUGAUCCUCGACAAGCAAACGAAAAUCUUUAUAAUCGAACAAACCAACAAAUGGGAAUGUUUAAUCUAAACGAAAAUCGUAUAACAUUGAAAUGUCGAUUGUAUCUUGUCAAAGCAACGCUAUACCGUGGAUGGGAUGCGUCAGGCAAAGCAGAUCCGUUUAUUAAGAUAGCUUUAAAUGACACGACGAUCAUCGAUGAUACCAAAGGGAAACUUCAUAAUACUUUAGAACCAGUUUUCGGAAAAUGCUAUGAAUUCGAUAUCACUAUUCCAACGCAGAAUUUGUUACGUGUUCAAAUCUGGGAUUGGGAUAUGACCAGUUCAAAUGAUAUCAUCGCCGAAACAAAGAUCGAUAUCGAGAAUCGAUUUUUCUCAUGUCAUCGUGCCACAUGUGGUUUGCCAAACCGUUACGAUAGCGCGGGUUACAAUGCUUGGCGCGAUACAAAAAAGCCGACGACAAUUCUUUCCGAAUUGUGUCAGACGACGUCACUGGCAAGUCCGAAGUACUCCGAGAAUUUUCAAUCUGUUCAAAUCGGUGAUAAGCGCUUUCAAUGUGAUCCUGCAUGUGCUGAGUUUGUUCUAAACGCUAAAUCUGCGACAACGACAUUGCAUCGAAAAGUUCACCAUGAAUCACCGGAUGAAUACAUUCAACAAAACACUGCCUUGACCGCGCUUCGUGCUUGGGGAAGAAAAAUAAAUCCGAAAUGUGCGCUAGUCGCUGAACAUAUCGAGUGUCGGCCAUUGUAUAAUGAUGAAUUUCCGGAUACGGAACAAGGCAAGUUAGAAAUGUGGUUGGAUAUGUUUCCUAUGUCUCGUCCGCCAUCGAGUUCUCCGAUUGAUAUAUCACCUGUGAAACCAGUGUCUUAUCAGUUACGAUUGACGAUUUGGAAUACAAAUGAUGUGGAAUUGAAUGAUGAAAAUUUUAUUACGGGUGAAAAAUCUUCGGAUAUUUAUGUGAAAGCGUGGAUCUUGGGAGAAAAUGUCGAUUCACAGCAAACUGAUAUUCAUUAUCGGUCAUUGACAGGCGAAGGCAAUUUCAAUUGGCGAUUUGUGUUUGAUUUUAAUUAUUUAGAAAUCGAGGAGAAAAUUGUUUACGAAGCGAAAGAUUCUGUUUUUCAAGUCGGAAACACAACAAAGAAAAUUCCGCCACGAAUCGUCAUCCGUGCUUACGACGCAGAUCUUCUGUCCGCUGAUGAUUUUCUCGGUGAAUGUAUUCUCAAUUUAACACAUUUUCCACACGGAGCGAAAGCAGCGAAUAAAUGCAAAGCGAAUAUUGUAUUGAAUUCAAAACAUCCAUCAAUCAAUUUGUUUAAUAAUAAGCGUCUUGCCGGUCAUUGGCCAAUGAUUGCUCCUGCGACAGAAGGUGUUAUUCGAGAUAAAGAUAUGUUAGGUGGCAAAGUUGAAGCGGAGUUUCAAUUGCUGACAGCAGAGGAAGCUCAAAAGAAUCCAGUUGGAAAAGGACGUGAAGCACCACAACCACUUGACGAACCAAAUCGACCGAAAACGUCUUUUCUUUGGUUUACAUCGCCGUGGAAAACCUUACGUUAUGUUAUCUGGCGCAAUUUCAAAUGGCCGAUCAUCAUUGGAGUUAUUGUCGUCAUAUUUGUUGUCUUUUUGCUACUUGCUAUUUGGUCAUUACCUGGUCAAAUUAUUGCUCAAGUUACACAGAAAAUCUUCGGAACUUCUAGCGGAUGA